AUGCCAGGCGUGAUUGCGGAGGCGCCCGCGAAGGCACACAAGCCAACCAAAAAUGCACAGCGCCGAGCCAAGAAGAAGCAGCUAAAGCGUGAAGUAUCAGCGACCCCAGCACCAUCAGAGGCACCGUCUGCGAUUAACGGCGCGCCCACACCGGCUAAUGCAGCUACCACAUUACCAGAUGAGGCAGAUGCAAACCACCCGCUGCAGCCCGUUGAGCCGUCAUAUGAUGACCCAAUACAGGAUGUACCCGCUGUGUCCGACUUCGAGCUCGAGGCGGACAAUCCUCUGUUCUCGCAGUUCGCCAAUGUGUUUGCCCGCUUCAACGAGGCGGAUAAGGAGGACCCCGCCCUGAAAGAACCCGAAAAGCCCGAGGUCUUCUUUGACGACGAUGACAACAUUCAAGGCGAAGAUGAGGAAGAAGAGACUCAGAGGAAGUUGUCGAAGAAGGCGCGCAAGCAGGCGAACAAGCUGUCCAUCGCCGAGCUGAAAGCCAUUGUGAGCAAGCCGGAAGUUGUGGAGUGGACAGAUACAUCAGCGCAGGAUCCCAAGCUCUUGGUCAACAUUAAGAGCGCGCGGAAUGUUGUGCCGGUGCCGGCGCACUGGAGUUUGAAGCGAGAGUACCUCAGUAGUAAGCGUGGUAUCGAGAAAGCUGGUUUCGCGCUACCGAAAUUCAUUGCGGAGACUGGAAUCAGCGACAUGCGUGAUGCGGUGUUGGAGAAGCAGGCAGAAGCGAGUUUGAAAUCACGGCAGCGCGAGCGAGUACAGCCAAAGAUGGGCAAGCUGGACAUCGACUACCAGAAGCUGUACGAGGCGUUCUUCCGGCGGCAGACGAAGCCGCAGCUGACAAGAUACGGAGAGGUCUACUAUGAGGGUAAAGAGUACGAGACGAAUUUGCGUCAUCUACGGCCGGGAGAUCUGAGUGAGGAGCUGAAAGAGGCGCUGAAUAUGCCGCCUGGUGCACCGCCUCCAUGGUUGAUCAACAUGCAGAAGAUCGGGCCGCCGCCGUCAUAUCCAGCGCUAAAGGUUCCGGGCUUGAACGCGCCGCCACCGCCUGGCGGAUCGUGGGGUUUCCAUCCGGGUGGAUAUGGCAAGCCGCCGCUCGACGAGCAGAACAGGCCGUUGUGGGGUGGUGAUGUGUUCGGCACGGCGGAUGCGGGGCAAGAUCAGGCGCCACAGGCGGAGGUUGUUGACAAGAGCUUGUGGGGUGAACUGCAGCCAUUGGCAGAAGAGGAAGAAGAGGAAGAAGAGGAGGAUGAGGAAGGCGAUGAAGAAGGAGACGAUGAGGGCAAGGCGGAAGAUAUCGGUGCGGGUAUGCAAACUCCGGCUAUUGGCACUGCGACGCCAAGUGGGAUGCACAGUACGGUGCCCACGGACUUUGCGGGCACGCACAGCAUGGCCGAAGAGUUUAACUUGCGAAAACAGCGGCGUGGGACGGAGACGGAAGAAUCGCACCACCCACGCAGCGCAGGCCAGGUGUUGCACGAGCGCUCCAUUCGCGCCGAGGGCUUCUUUGGAGGCGAAAAGGCGUACAAUCUCAACCCAUCAAAUGUGCCUGUCUUAGGCCAGGAGUCAAGAGGCAGUAAGAGGAAGGCGGGCGAUCUGGAUGUGUCGGUAGAUGUGGAUGCGCUGGAGCGGGAGGAUCGCUUGUCGAAGGAUGAGGUGAGGAAGCAAUAUGAGGCGCAGAGGCAGCAAGGAGGUGGUGGUGCGGGCGGAGUGGGGUGGCAGGUGGAUCAGGAGGAUUUGAGUCAGAUGAUUGCGGAGGAGAGUGCGAAGAGGCAGAAGAGGGAUCAGGAGAGGAAGGGAAGAAGAUGAUGCGCUUUACUGGGGUGGGAUAUAUUCGUGAUUGGACGGAUGGCUGUACUAUAUGCUGGGGCUGGAAGGGGCCUUCACUUCUGCGAUUGACGAUCGUGGAGGCUUGAGAUACCCAAUGCUGGCUGGAAGGCCGGAGGCCCUUAUGGAAGAGUCCGGGUGGACGUUUAUUAGGCCAUGAGUGCGACUGGGAUAUCAAGAAAUGGAUCGUCAGUCAAGAAUUGCUUUCAGAUUCGCGGUUUGUUGCAUGGCAGGGUACAGUGAGAAAUUCAGGUGGUAAGCGAGUGACUGCUAUCCAAAGGCCGCCCGGCAUUGUCAGGACGUCUAGCAUGAGGAACUGCGGGUGG